AUGUUUUGUCGCAGGCCCGAAUUGGGAACGAUUGAUGCCUUGGGGCGGUAUCCAAAGGCUUCUUACAUGCUUGAUAAUGAUGAGAAGAGAAUCUUUUUGAAGUGGAUAGAAGACCUCAAAUUUCCUGAUGACUAUAUAUCGAAUAUGGCUAGGUGUGUUAACUUGAGCACUCUUCAAAUGUUUGGGAUGAAAAGCCAUGAUUGUCAUGUUAUGAUGCAACGGAUCUUGCCUGUUGCAUUUAAGGAACUUCUUCCAAACAAUGUGUGGAAGACAAUAACUGAUCUUUGUUUUUUCUUUAAAGAAUUGACAUCUCCCAACAUUCAAGUUGACAAUCUCCGGCAAAUGCAGCAAAACAUUCCAGUAAUUCUAUGUAAACUGAAACGAAUUUUUUCACCAAGUUUUUUCGACUCCAUGGAACACCUUUCAAUACAUUUGGCAGAUGAAGCAAUGAUAGCAGGGCCCGUUCAAUAUAGAUGGAUGUAUCCAUUUGAAAGGUAUCUGAGAAAGUUGAAAAAAACUGUGAAAAAUAAAGCCAAUGUAGAGGGAUCAAUUACAAAUGCCUACCUUGUUGAAGAAGCCACUGCAUUUUGUUCUUAUUACUUCGAAGAACAUGUAAGAACAAAGCAACGGAACAUUCCUCGUAACUUUGCUGGUAGUUCAUCAUCAGGUGGUAUGGAAGAACACCAUGAUACGUUGUUUGUUUUCAAGUAUGCCGGUAGAGGGUUUGGAAAAAAGUCAACCAGAUUUUUAAGCAAGGAUGAGUAUGAUGCUGCACAUUUGUAUGUCUUAAACAAUUGUUCAGAGAUAACAGAAAUUUACACACGAUUGUUUGUUGUUGAAAUCAAUGCCAAGUACCCAAACAUUUCACCGAAUCAACUUCAAAUCAAGCUCAACAAGGAGUUUCCCGAUUGGUUCAAGUUAUAUGUUGCAGAUCCAAAUAAUCGAGUGAAGAACUCUGACUUGAAGAGUUUGUCUUUAAAACCAUUUCAAAGAGUCACUACUUUUCAAGGAUUUUAUGUGAAUGGUUUUAAAUUUCACAUGAUCGAAUACAAAUCAAAGAAAUCAACCUACAAUAGUGGAUUGUGUGUAAAAGGUUUGGAGUUGGACGGAGUUCAGUUAGAUUAUUAUGGACGUUUAGUUGAAGUAGUGGUGCUUGAGUAUUCUGGUGUACCAACUAAAACAACCACACUUUUCAAGUGUGAGUGGUUUGACCCCAGACCAUCAAGGAUGUUAGUUGAUCGUGACUUCAAAUUGGUUUCAGUUAACCAACGUCGUCGAUAUGACAAAUAUGAACCAUUCAUCCUAUUAACUCAAGCUUCUCAAAAGAGCUUGUUGAUAGAACCCCCUCACACGACAAUUGAUGAUGAUACAAUGCCAAUUCAUCCAGAUGGUGCUUUGGUAUAUCUAGUAGAUGAGGAUGAUGAAGAAGAUGUUGACAACAAUGAAUAUGUCUUAGAAACAUCUGACUCUACAAAUAAUGAUUCAGAUGAUAGCGAAUAA